AUGACAGCCUUAGAAUAUGUAUUGUCUUCAUCUGAAGAUGAAGAGUUUGAAAAUUUUUUUUAUCGACGUCCAAAAAUUAUAAAAUUAAGACCAUCGUAUUUAGAAGAGUUUGACGAUGUAGAUUUUCACGCAAGAUUUCGUUUGUCAAAGGAAUCUGUUACCGCAGUGUUAACAGAAAUUGAGCAGGACAUUUCUCAUAAAACAAAACAAAACAACGCUAUAUCUCCAAUAAACCAGCUUCUUUUAACUUUAAGAUUUUAUGCAACUGGAAGUCAUUUAUUAUCAGCAGCAGAUUUUUCUGGAGUGAGCAAAACAAGUUCUCACCGAAUUAUUCAUCGGGUGACUGCUGCUAUUGCUCGUCUUCGACCACGUUAUAUAAAGUUUCCUGUCCUUGCUGACGAAAUAAAAAGGGAACAAAUAAAGUUUUUUAAUAUUGCACGAUUUCCUAAAGUAAUAGGUUGCAUGGAUUGCACUCACAUAAAAGUACAGUCAUUUGGUGGAAACACCGCUGAAUAUUUCAGAAAUAGGAAAGGAUACUUUUCUAUUAACGUUCAAGCAAUUUGCAAUGCAAAUUUAGAGAUAAGCGAUAUUGUGGCUCGUUGGCAAGGCUCAGUACACGACGCUACAAUAUUUAAUAAUUCCAGGAUACGCGCCUUAUUCGAAGCUAAAACAUUCCAAGAUUCUUUCCUGUUAGGUGAUGGUGGUUACCCUUUGCGCUCAUAUUUAAUGACUCCUAUACAAAAUCCACGAACUCGGGCAGAGCAACUGUAUAAUGAAUCACAUAUACGUACACGCAAUUGUAUCGAGCGAGUAUUUGGAAUCUGGAAAAGAAGAUUUCCUAUCCUGGCACUUGGGUCUAGAUUUCAAACAGUGGAAAAAGUGUUACCUGUUAUUGUUGCAACUGCUGUGUUGCAUAAUAUUGCUCGACGUAGUGGAGAUCCAAUACCAAUAGAUGAUCCUGCAUUACAUUUGCCUGCUCCAUGGGAAGAUAUUUUAGAAAAUGGAAAUAUUCCUUGCAGAAACGAUGGACUGCGUAAUAAUAAUAGUAUGCAACAUGUAUUAAUCAAUGAUUAUUUUCAAAGGUAAGGAAAGAUUUAUGUAGCAAAUUACAUACAAUACAUUCUAUCGAAUUUAACUACAAAAUAUUAAGUUGUAUAAAAAUACAUUGUUGUAUAAAAAUACAACUUAAUAUUUUUAGUUAAAUUCGAUAGAAUGUAUUGUUAACAAAUUCUCGAUAUUUUUAUAAUGUACAAGAA